AUGUCCUGGAAUAAAUGGAACAGAGAGGACGAUACGCCACUGAGUGAACGUUUUUGCGAGUAUCACGAGCGAUAUGGGCACAACACGGAGGAAUUCCGACAUUUGAGGGAUUUCUUACUUCAACAAUUCCGUAAAGGGGAAGUCGCCAUCGCGGAUUUGCCUAAGCCUAGGCCCCGACGGCCGAACCCGCGACAAAACAAACCCGGUAACCAGGAGACUGCGAAGGAAGCCGACUCCGAUGAAGAGCAGGCCGCCCCCCCUAAACGAGACCGCGAAGCGCCUAACCGGGAAACGAACGUUCCCAAAACCAGGAAGAAGGUCAACAUGAUCAUGGGAGCCCUCGAAUCGUGCAACUACUCCGUCAGAGCACUGAAAGAGUAUAGCCAGCAGGCAUCGAGUUCGCAACCCCAUACAAUGGUGGCAACUGUACCAUUAUUAUUCACUGAUGCCGACCUGCGGGGAGUGCAUAACGAUUGCCUCGUCGUCGAACUUCAGCUCGGAGACGUCAAAGUAAACAGGAUAUUAAUUGACACUGGGAGCUCGUUAAACGUCAUAUUUGAAGAAACACUUAAGAAUAUGGAUUUCCCGGAUUCUGAAAUCAAGCCCUACAUGGAGUCGCUAACCGGGUUCACCGGAGAGAAAACAAGGACAGUUGGAACGGUGAAGAUACCAAUCUAUGUCGGUGGGUCGGCACGAAUGAUCAAGUUCUUGGUUCUCAACAAGCCGGCAAUAUAUAACGCUAUUUUGGGAACACCUUGGCUGUUCGACAUGAAAGCCGUCGCUUCGACAUUCCAUCAAUGCGUCAAGUUCCCGACCCCGUCAGGAAUCUACACCCUUAAAGGAAGCCAGACCGCGUCUCGCCUAUGCCACCUUAUCGAGUGCAAGCUCACCCUUGCGCGAACAUGCGUCAUCAGCCCUUUUCAGGAAGAUCGUGCGGCCGCAGUUAGUCAAUUCGGUUAA